UUAUAUGCUGCGCUGUCCCAUUAUUGUUUUUCACAUCAUAAAACAGAGCAAAGAGUGUCUGAAAGUGAGUGAGACAAUAAUUCACAAUGUCGACAUUGAGCGUCCCUCAUCCUCUUCCCCCUGUCUCCGAUGACGUUGAACAGCUCCGCAAAGCAUUUUCAGGUUGGGGAACCAAUGAAAACCUGAUUAUAUCGAUCUUGGGUCAUCGGAAUGAGGUACAAAGGAAGGUUAUCCGAGAAGCUUACGCUAAGACUUAUGAAGAAGAUCUCAUAAAGGCCUUGAACAAAGAGCUUACCAGUGAUUUUGAGAGGUUGGUUCAUCUUUGGACACUGGAAUCCGCUGAACGUGAUGCAUUUUUGGCAAACGAAGCAACUAAAAGAUGGACAUCGAGCAAUCAGGUUCUGGUGGAACUAGCUUGCACUAGAUCUUCUGAUCAAUUGUUUUUUGCAAAGAAGGCUUAUCAUGCUCUUCAUAAGAAAUCUCUUGAAGAAGAUGUUGCUUACCACACAACCGGAGACUUCCGUAAGCUCCUAUUACCUCUGGUUAGUUCUUACCGCUAUGAGGGAGAUGAAGUCAACUUGACUAUAGCAAAAGCCGAGGCAAAAAUACUGCAUGAGAAGAUUUCAAAGAAGGCUUAUAACGACGACGAUUUCAUCAGGAUUUUAGCUACAAGGAGCAAAGCACAAAUUAAUGCUACUUUGAAUCACUACAAGGAUGCAUUCGGAAAAGAUAUAAACAAGGAUCUGAAAGAAGAUCCAAAAAAUGAGUACCUGUCUUUACUAAGAUCGACUGUCAAGUGCUUGGUUUUUCCUGAGAGGUACUUUGCGAAGAUAAUUCGUGAGGCUAUCAACAAGCGAGGAACUGAUGAAGGAGCUCUUACAAGGGUGGUGGCAACAAGGGCUGAGAUUGAUUUGAAAAUUAUAGCUGAGGAGUAUCAAAGGAGGAACAGUAUCCCUCUUGAUCGGGCCAUUGUCAAGGACACCACCGGUGACUAUGAGAAAAUGCUUCUGGCAAUUUUAGGACAUAAUGAUGCUUGAGAUAUAUGUUUGUGUGCGAGUGUUUUCCCGUUUCAUUGAGGCACUAUACUAUGUGCUUUUACAAGUUGUGUUUUCAGCAUGGUUGUCUUUCUUAUGUGUUGUUAUGAUUUUGGAAGCAUUUGGAAUUGAUCCAAGCAUGGAAUAAUGUAAUCGUAAUUAGCUUUUGUAAAUCACGAUAGUAAACCUGUGGUUACUUUAAAUAAAAUAUAUAGACAGUAAAUGUUAUGUUGGCUUCUGCAA